AGAGACUCUGUGUGCAAAUCAAAAUCUGCAACAAAUUAGCCUGCUCCAGUAUUUUUCCCCUCAACGAGAAGGAGAUGUUGCUACUGUAAAGCAGCUUUGUGUCUUGACACCUGUACAGACCUGCUGAACAGUUUCAUUUUUGUGCUUGUUUCAUUUCUCUCGAGGGUAAUCGAAUCUAACAGAUACAGAGAGAAAUCCCUACAGUGAUUCUGUUAUUGGGAAGUUUUCUGGAUUGGUUCAUAUCUAUCUUCUUGCUAGCGCGUUGACAUGGACACGCCCUUCAGAAUGUUUGAGACAGGUGCCGGAGGUCGAAACCCGCCCGAGCUUCCCGACAGCACCUUCACAGGCGACGUCGAAAUGGCGACGGCACAAGAAACUGGAGCAGGUGAAUCUACCAGCGCCCAAAAACCGGCGGAGGAGCCGUCCUGUCGCGAAGAAGCCCGUCGACUUUUGUCGCACUGGCUACAGUGCGAAGAGGAGGCGGCCAGCAUCUCUCGCAAGGUCGGUGCGAAGACUGAGUGGCCAACGGGGGCGGUGCGGCUUCCGUCUCGGGAAACAUCAAAAACGCAUACGACCAACAAAAACAAACGAUCGUGGCUAGCCAGUGGCAGCGCUACAGCAUCUUCGGGAGGUGGUCGUGGCCCUGUUCACGACCUUACGGGCGGGGGCACAGAAGACGUUGUUGUCGACACCAUCGAUCUAAUGAACUCCGAAGACGUGGUCUACGCCCCUACUUCGCGGCAGGUUCCAAAUUUAGAUUGUACUUCGACAUCCAGCAGCUUUCCGCCCCGCCGAAUCCCCGAUCUUGUUGGCCGAGAACAGUGCGCAACAUCCUCUUCAACUAGCACCUCUGAUGCUGCCCAAAGGCCGCCUCGUGGUCCUGUCCGCAUGCCGAGCCAAACUACAAGCGGAUUCGCUCCUACGCGAACAGGAGGUGCGCGGCCGCCGCCUCUUUUGACCGGUAUUAUAAGUUUUGCUCAUGUGCGUGCCUGCAAAUCCGAAGCACAAUUUGCCUUGAUGUUAAUGAAAAUCUGUCCGUGUCCUAUCGUAUCGCUAUCCGGGCCAGAGGCUCGGAAUUUGUUUUGCAGUGGAGGUGCAAAAGAUGAAGGAGUCCUCACGGCAGAGACUAGAGCAGUACUCGACAUCGGAAAGACCGCCUCGCUAGUAUGCUUUUUACAAUCGAACUACAGAUAAAGUGCUUCAUACCGUAUUGCGGAACGAGAGCAAGAGUUUGGACCCCUCGUUUGAGGAAGAUCUGGCGGUCGCUAUGGGAGCCAUUUCGCGAGUCCAGGAGGAGCGCCGGGCGCAACGCGAGCAACCUUCUUGUCCUACAACUACAGGGAAGAAACAUGGACGGGGUAAUGACCAUCACGGUUCAACAACAUCGAGACCCGGCAGCAAGGCUUGCUCGCAGGCGCUCCCGACCGCCGUAGAUAAAAUGGAAGACGAGGAGCGGCAGCUGGACCCCCGCGCUGUGAUGGAGGAAAGGCAUCGUCUCAUCGCGGAAAAACGGGAACAGCGACGGCAGGAAGCUGUUGCAGCUUCGCGCGCGUCCCUCGCGGCAACAGGAAGUUCGUUCGGUCAAGAUGAGCAUCGUGAUGUUGAGGGACACCCGGUGGUCGGCCAGGGUAGUCGGGGGUCAAGAACCUCGUCGUCCUCAAGCUCUUUGCCUCUGUGGCGCACGACGCGGCGUCCGCCAACACCAAGCACCAGCAGCUGCACUGGCAGUACGAAAGCAGGUGGACCGAGUACUAGAGCUUCUUUUCCUGCGGGACCAAAUGCGUUUGCGAAAAUCGGCGCAGCCUCCUCUCCCACGAUGACAAGCACGUCAUGUGCAGCCGACGCCAGUCCAAGGUCCUCGGUGGGGAACAAGCCGGGCGACAAGCUUUGCGCGUCGCCCACAACCGGUAGUGUGGCAGAUUAUGUGGAGCCUGGCACGAGCUGCUGCAGCACUAUCGACGACAGUCGGCUAUCAAGCAUCUUUCAGCCGGAGGGCAGCAGCGUGGCCAGUCUGCAAGACAGCGUGGCUCACCAGGAGACCGAACUGCGCAACGCCAGAGCGGAGCUGAAGAAAGAAACCAACGCGUAUUGCAUUUUUUCGUCGGCACGUCCACGUGGGCGCGACUAACCGAACCAAGUUUGUAGUACGUAUCAAGAUCCAUGCAAGUAAGAAAUUGUGUAGGUUUCUAUCAGUUUAGUUGUGUUUGCCUUUGCUUCUGCUGCCCUGUAAUUUGGCCUGUACUGCCGAUCGCCCCUCGACUGACGUUGUUGCAUACCUCAAAACAGGUACAAGUCUCUUCUUUGUGCUCGGGAAAAAGAGACGCGGCUUGCCGUCCAGAAAGCGGAAGUAGAGGAGGAAACCGCUCGGGUCCGCGAAAGGAAACGACUCGAGGAAAAUAAGCAGGCCGCAAAAGAGCAACAGGAAAAACAAAAACGAAAAGACCUGGGAUGCAAGCGAAUCGUUUCCUCGGUACUAUGUUGAGCAUGCUACUCGAACUGUUCACUUGCUCGUUCUAGAUCUGUUGAGUAAAAUGAAAUAAGACUGAAAUCUGCAGAACUGUGUGUUGUGCCCACUACAAAAGAUGCAAGGUCUGUACAGAAGUCGUGAUCAAGAUUUCUCGCUUGACAACUAAAACCCGAAACCAGGUCCAGUUUGCUCUUCAGCUGAUUUCGAAACGCAACCGUGAGGGCGCAUGGCAGACGUGGCGGCAGCGCCACACAGAGGUGACGCAUAAACUGCGGCGUCUGCAGCGCAAAGUCGGACUCCAAUUGCAGCGAGCGCUUUGGGCAAGCUGGAACCAGUACGUCAAGCUCGUGCUCGCGGAGCGCGCCGAAGAGCAGUGGUUUCGCGCCCUUGCCCGCGAGAAAGCAAACGAAGCCCGCGCGCGCGAGUUCGCGGCCACUAAGAAGUGGCGCCGGGCGUUUCAGGCGUGGACGCUUUUCACGCGCGAGGCCGGACACCUGAGGGCGUUAGAAACGCUCAAGCAGAAAACCAAGCGCUUCUUGGAGCUCCGAGCAGGAAGUGGUGGAGCAGUAUCCGCUUCUGCAAACCACGACGGCACAAGUCGUGUUACGAUAGACAGAGACGCAGACGAGGAAGACCUUGACUCGCUUAUUUCCUGUGGUGAUGCAGGAGGGACUGGAUCUGGUAAAAACAUAAAUAAUCCCUAUGCAGUGCGCUAUCCGUCACGUAGUCGUGCCGGUGCAACGUCUUCCUCUUCGACCAGCAGAGUCAGGGGUUUUCCGCCCCGCACAACUACAUCUCCGUCAGAAUUUGCCUCUUCGAGUACCGGAAACAGAGAUGCGGGAGUUUCAUCUACAGUAGUCAUGCAGGAAAUGGGCACGACUCCUGGAACGAACCGAACGCGAGCCGAAAAUCGCCAUGAUACCCGCCGCCCGAGAUCCACAGAUGAGAACGACGAACCUGCCGAGCAAGAUGAGGCUGAGCAAAGCCAUAGCCAAAGCGGUCCGGGAACUACGAAAUCCCAACUCGCGCCACCGAAGAAGUCAAAGCUCGUCCUGCAAAUGGAGCAGCGCGCCGCGGAGCGGAAGGCCCGGCACGCGGAGUUGGACGAGCGGCGGCGGGAGGCGGAGGCCCGCAAACGGGAGCUUUCGCAAGAGCGCGAGCGGUUGGCGGCGGAGCGCGAGGUGGAGGAGAAACGGCAGCGCGUUCGCGACGCCAAGGAAAGGAAAAAAAAAGAGGAGGCGCAGAAGCAGCAGGUGCAGGAGAUGCAAGAAAAACGGCGGCAACAGGCGGUCGAGGCGAGACAGUACCGCGACUACCGUCUCAAGCGAAAAGUUCUGGACGCACUGCACCGCUCUCGCCAGCAAGCUGUGGAAACACUGGAGAUUGCGGCCCGCUACCACACGGAGACCAUGCUGGCUGCUGUGUUGGAGCUGUGGCACCAGACCAGCAAGACGCAGCGAACCUCCCGACUGGCCGCCGAACACGCGCUGCAUCAGAAGGCGAUGCGGUUUCAGAGGAAGAAGAGGUGCAAACUCGGCCUGCAGGGCUUUGCUGAGUUCUAUCGGCAGAGCAAAGCGGAAGGAGAAAAAUUGUACCACGCGCAGCUUCUCCGCGUGUUUCUGCAGCGCCUCCGGCUUUUUGCGCGGCACAGCUUUCACGUUCGCUGCGGCAGGGCACAGGAGCAGUACUACUGCGAUCUGUCCUCAUUUUCGGGCAUCUACAUCUUCAGCAUGAUAGAGAAAGAGACAUAUUUUCACAGAGCCUUGCUUUGAAACACAACGAUGUCCUUGCCACACGUAAUGUCAUUCGAAAAAAAGUAGAAACAAACUCGAACCCAGGUACAGGAGGGCCCUGCUUCGUCGAUUGCUGCCCCUUUGGUGCCAGGGUGUCGAAGAAUCGAAAGUGGACAAGCAUAAGGAGCGCCUGUUGCUGAAAGUUAAGGGUUGGCUCACCGAGAUGCACGACACCGAACGUCCGAACGCCUGUGGGUAAUUGACAGAUUCUUGCUCGCUGCAGUCAUCUUCUUCGUCGCAACCGAGAAAGAAUCGAAGUAGAUCCUGAACUUUUUUUGCCGCUUGUUCUUGCUUGUCUUGAUUUGCAAUUUUGCUGUAUUAAGUUAGUAGUACUCGAGAGCGAUUCUGACUAGCAAAGAAAUAGACUGCUGUGUUGCAAGAAUCGCAAACUAAACACAAAGUCAAAGGUGUGGUCACGAUCGUGUCUGUCUGGAGAAUACUCCGUGCGUGAAAAAAGCGCAGUUGUCUGCUUGCGGCGAUUUAAGUUUGUAUGGCAAAAAAGACAAAAAGAGAGCAGUCCCCCGAGGUCGC